GUUGCCCCGCCUCCCCUCCCCUCCCCUCCGGCGAAAUGGAUCUCUCCGCCACCCCCACCAAAUCCAAAUCCAAAUCCAAGCCCGGACCCUCCCCGUCCAAGGCCGCCGCCGCCGCCGCCACCCAGAUGGACUUCUCCACCCCGUCCAAGCCGGCGCCCACGCCCACGCCCAGGCGCAAGUCCAAGCCCGUGCCCUACGCGCCGCCCGCGUCCCCGGCGACGCCCUCCGCCGUCCGCAGGUCGCGCCGCCUCCUCGACACCCCCACCAAGGACCUCUCCGAGGCCGCCCUCUUCGAGACGCCCGCCAAGCCCAAGCCCGCGCCCGCGCCCACCCUCAAGCGGAAGCGGGCGGCGCCGUCGCCGUCGCCCAAGACCCCGGCCCGGGCCGAGCCCAAGCGCAAGCGGCAGCGGCGGGCGCCGGCGAAGCGGGCCUUCUACCGCAAGGUGGUGUACGACGGCGGGGAGUUCGCCGCCGGGGACGACGUGUACGUCAAGCGGCUGGAGGGGGCCGAGUCGGACGCCGAGGACCCGGAGGAGCCCGAGGACUGCCGCGUCUGCUUCCGCGCCGGCGGCGGGGUCAUGGUGGAGUGCGACGCCUGCCUCGGCGGCUUCCACCUGCGCUGCGUGCGCCCGCCGCUGCGCCGCGUGCCCGAGGGGGACUGGGCGUGCCCCUACUGCGAGGCCGAGCGCGAGGGGAGGGCGAUGGACAGGCCCAAGCCGCCCGUCGGGAAGAAGAUCAAGAGGACUGCCAAAGAGAAGCUUCUCGACAGCGAUUUAUGGGCUGCACGCAUUGAGAGUUUACGGAGGGAACCAGAUGGAGCAUUCUGGGCAAAGGUGAGGUGGUACACUAUUCCUGAAGAGACCGCAGCAGGAAGGCAGCCACAUAAUUUGCGGAGAGAGCUAUAUCGUACCAAUGCUCUUGGAGACAUUGAGAUGGAAAGUAUCGUUAGACAUUGUUUUGUCAUGAGCCCCAAAGAGUAUAGGGAUGCCACUAAUGACGGAGAUGAUGUAUUUUAUUGCGAAUACGAGUAUGAUGUACAUUGGCAUAAUUUUAAGCGUCUGGCAGAUAUUGAUGAUGAACCUGAGACAAAAGAAGAUCCCAGUGACGAGCCUUACAAUGCUGCUAAUGAUUAUAACAGUGAUACCGAUGAAGAUUCAGAAUACGAUGAGGAGGAUGAACCGGCUGCACGUUGCUCAGCCAGAAAGAACCAAUCUAAUGAGAAAAUUUUGGCUGCUAAUUCAUGGAAAGGGAGGAUAUAUGGCCUGCAGAAGAUUGGGAUCCGAAAAAUACCAGAGCAUGUUCGGUGUCAUCAAAAGACUGCUCUGGAGAAGGCGAAGGCUACCCUGUUAUUGGCUACUCUUCCCAAGUCAUUGCCUUGCAGGGAUAAAGAAAUGGAGGAGAUCUCUACAUUUGUGAAGGAUGCAAUUUGCAAUGACCAUUGUCUAGGACGCUGCCUUUAUAUUCAUGGUGUGCCUGGUACUGGCAAGACUAUGAGUGUACUUGCAGUCAUGAGGAGGUUGAGAUCUGAAUUUGAUUCUGGAGCUCUGAGGCCCUAUUGUUUUAUAGAAAUCAAUGGUCUCAAAUUAGCUUCUCCAGAGAAUAUCUACAAGGUUAUAUAUGAACAGUUGAGUGGGCAUAGGGUGGGAUGGAAAAAAGCUCUUCAUUAUUUGACAGAGCACUUUUCAGAUGGCAAGAAGAUUGGAAAGCAAGCAAACCAGCCAAUUGUUUUGCUCAUCGACGAGCUUGAUCUUCUUUUGACAAGAAAUCAGUCGGUGCUGUAUAACAUUCUUGAUUGGCCCACCAAGCCAAAUUCAAACCUAGUUAUUAUAGGUAUAGCAAACACAAUGGAUCUUCCAGAAAAACUAUUGCCUCGUAUCUCAAGUAGGAUGGGUAUUCAACGGCUGUGUUUUGGCCCCUAUAAUUAUCGGCAACUGCAGGAAAUCAUAACAAGCCGUCUUAAGGGUAUCAAUGCCUUUGAAGAUCAAGCUAUUGAGUUUGCUUCUAGAAAGGUAGCUGCUAUGUCCGGUGAUGCUAGGCGGGCCUUAGAAAUUUGUAGACGCGCAGCAGAGUUUGCAGACUACCGUGUUAAACAAUUUCAACAGGUUGAACAGACUUCCUCUUCUGCAAAUUCAGGAAAUGGUUUUGUUUGCAUGGCUGACAUAGAAGACGCUAUUCAAGAAGUCUUUCAGGCACCACAUAUUCAAGUAAUGAAGAAUUGCCCAAAAUUUGGAAAAGUUAUACUGGCUGCUAUGGUCCACGAAUUAUACAGAAGUGGCCUAGGUGAAGUAUUGUUUGAUAAGCUGGCAGCGACUGUUUUCUCUUGGUGCCACGUCAACAGAGAACUAUUGCCCGGAUACGAUACUCUCCUGAAAAUCUGUUGCAAGCUUGGUGAGAGCAAGAUCGUUCUCUGCGAGGAAGGCACCAAGCAUAAGUUGCAGAAGCUGCAGCUCAACUACCCAAGCGAUGAUGUGACCUUUGCACUCAAGGAGUCCCCAGAUCUUCCUUGGCUGUCCAAGUACCUCUAAAUCUCAUACCUGCAGUGGCCAAAUUUCCCAGCACUCGCAUUGCAUUCCUGCGUCUCUUGGGGAGCAACAGCCCUGUCUACAUGUAUAAAACUUAGAAAAAAGAAAAGCGAAAAAAAAAAUCCUGUUGUUGAUCUCUGGAGCCGAUUGCCGCACCAAUUGCAUACCGGUUGCCAUGUAAACCAAGAACUCAGCCAUAUGUUGCAAUGCAUCUUAGUUUCCAUCUCAGGAAAAAAAGAAAAAGUCUUAAGUUGUGCGUCGAAGCUGUAAGAUGUGAAAAAACUUGUAUUUCUCAAUUUUCGCCGCAUUUGUGGAACUCGUGUGGGACCGUGCUGUAAUGUUGUCGUUGCACUCUCAGUUGAGCUCGUACUACUGUCAAUUUUCGCCGCAUUAAAUUGUUUGUGUGCGUUCGAUAAA